UAAAAUGAACACUGGCAGAACUAUGAGUUACUCCGAUAUUCUCACUCCAAUUGUGAAGACUAAAAGGAAAACUAAGGAUAAACUCAUUUUGGAGAAAAUGAACAGGAAAAUUAAUAAUGCCCCAUUUAGAGAUAUUUUUAAGCCAAUUGAGAUUAGAGGAAAAAAGAAAAAGAGUUUGCUCAGAAAUUAUAAUAAAGGCAGCACAGCUUUAAAUAACCCAAGGGAGUCUUUUUCUACUAUUCCGUUUUGAGAUGAGACGAUCAAUGACCUUCCAAACAAGACAUUAGAGUUUAAAAAUCCUUUGCAAACUAUUACCACCGAGAAUUUAAAGACUUCGAUGUUAUUCACUAGAGAUGAAGAUAAUUACUCCUAUAAGCCAAACUUAUUAAAGACUAUUAAAAAUAGUUCACUCUCUACAGCUUUAAGGAGCUAUGGACUAACAGACUCUCGUAAAGAUUCCAAGAAAGUGUUCGACUUUCCUACAGAUAUUAACUGUACAACAGAAGUCCUGCAAACCUCUUUAAAAUAAUCAGGAAGAAGUAAACUAUAGGACACCUGGGAAUAUCAUGAUCAAGGACUACCAAUACUCCACUUUGGUAACUGGAGAAUGUGCAACUCCUGAGAUUGAUGAAUUUGUAUGCCUCCUCCCAAAUGAAAAGCCUAAUACUAAAGUGAACUCUAGCACGUAUAUUCAGCCUAAACAAGGAGACUUAAACCCGACUUAUAACGAUUGAGAGAGGUAAAUUUUCCUGUAUUAACCUUUCAGGAAUUUGGAAGCAGGAUAUUUAACACAGUACAGACCGAGCAGAGUGCUUAACGAACUCUCAUCUCCAUUGCCUAGACAAAAUCUCAAAAAGAAGAUGAUUAACACCUGCGUCUUCCAAGGCUACAAGAAAUACAGGGAGAAAAUAUUUGAAUAUGAUAGUGCAAAGAAGACUGGUCUAGAAAACAUUCGCAGUAACAAUAACAUCACAACUGAUGAAAAUAGCACUGGAGUGCUGAAAUGAAGAAAGAACUUAAUCAAGAGGAGAGGUUCAUGUUUUCCUUAAUAACCCAAACAAAGCUCUAAAGGUGCAGUCCCAGUCUUAACUGUAUUUAUCCCAUUUUUAUGAGAUAUUUGCAAAAUACAUUGAUC